UGAAAGUGAGUCUUUGCAGAGCUCCUCAAGUUUCCACUAUGAUGGGGAGAGCAGUGACUGUGUUCCUCUGGGCUCUUAUUCCAGUGGUCCAGGCCCAGUCUCUGACCUCUUCAGAGCCAGUGGUCACCAGCCCGGGACAGUCUGUCUCACUGUCCUGUAAAGUGGAGGGGCUCUCUUUAGCUUGGCUGCACUGGAUUCGUCAGAAACCAGGGCGAGGACUGGACUGGAUCGGUCGCAUUGACAGUGGAACAGGCACCAUAUUUGCUCAAAGUGUCCAGGGCCAGUUUUCUAUCACAAAAGACACUUCAACAAACACUGUGUAUUUACAACUUCACAGUGCAAAGGAAGGAGAUACGGCUGUUUAUUACUGUGCACGAGAGGCACAGUGGUGCAGAGAGCUCCACAGCUGUGUGAAGUGUGAGACACUGACACAGCCAACCUCUGUGACUGUGCAGCCAGGACACACUCUCACCAUCCCCUGUACUGUCUCAUACUCUGUUAGUAGUUAUGCUACACACUGGAUCAGACAACCUGCUGGGAAAGGCCUGGAGUGGAUUGGAAGGAAAUACACAGGAGGCUCUGACUAUAAAGAUUCUCUGAAGAGCAAAUUCAGUAUUGAUUUAGACACUUCCACAAAAACAGUGACUCUGAAUGGACAGAACAUGCAGCCUGGAGACACUGCAGUGUACUACUGUGCUCGAGAGCCACAGUCACACAAAGUAUAUGUAGAGCUGUACAAAAACAGUAAAGAGUGCAAUUCACAGAUGAAGACCAAAUGACUUCUUCUGUGUGAUCAUCACAGCAAACCAGUCACACAGCAACAUGAGAGACUUUUUCUAUGUGUGGACACCAGGUAAAAGACUGAAUGCAGAAAAUUGUAUUUGAUGUAGAAAAAAA